AUGCCAGUGCGCGCCGUCACCUCCACGUUCAUGUACAGGGGACUUUGCACUAUUCCAGAUAUCCUUUCCUACCGGACCCCCAUCAGCCUCCCCGAGGACGAAGUGGAGGAGAUCCGAGAGGCCUUUAAAGUGUUUGAUCGUGAUGGGAAUGGCUUCAUUUCCAAACAGGAGUUGGGCAUGGCCAUGCGUUCCCUAGGUUACAUGCCCAAUGAGGUGGAACUGGAAGUCAUAAUCCAAAGGCUGGACAUGGAUGGUGAUGGCCAGGUUGACUUUGAAGAGUUUGUCACACUUCUUGGACCUAAACUCUCAGCAGCUGGAAUGCCUGACAAGUUCCAUGGUGCAGACUUUGACUCAAUAUUUUGGAAGUGUGAUAUGCAGAAGCUGACAGUGGAUGAGCUUAAGAGAUUACUUUAUGACACCUUCUGUGACCACCUCACCAUGAAGGAUAUUGAGAAUAUUAUCAUGACUGAGGAGAACCAUUUGGAUAGCCCGGAGUGCCAAGUGGACAUUGACACAAGCCCCAUGCAACAAGUCAAGCACACGUGUGUGCGCAAGAGUUUGAUCUGCGCCUUUGCCAUAGCAUUCAUCAUCAGUGUAAUGCUUAUCGCAGCCAAUCAGAUGCUUAGAAGAGGUAUGAAAUGA